AGGCUCCCUGCUACGAGCAACCAAUUUUUAGUUUGCUCUCACGAACCCAAGAUCAGCGCAACAUUUGGUACUGCUACAUGUACCGGACCAAAUCCAGAAACGCUGCCACCGACCACAAUGUGGAUUCCGCUAGGUGUGAAAUCCCAACACCAGCCUCCCUGAAACCGGAUAAAUGGUUAGUUCAGUGGGAGAACACCGUUUAUUCUUCACACGAGCCGGACAGACCAGGAGUACAGCUGAUGGCCGACGAUGGCUUCCUGUACACCGGGGGUUGGUUCCACGGGGCUGUGCGCAUUCACCGGGUACGCUUGCCCAAUUCCGACGGCCUUCCGAAUUGGGACGGUUUUCUCACCACACCCACAAGCUCUGAUUACAUCCGAGAAGCAGCGGAGUUUGUUAUGGCUUUCGAAACCUCAAAGGCGGUUUAUUUUCUCCUCCGGGAACCUGUUCCACCUUCCUGCAUACUGCGGCAUUUGAACCGUCAAAGUCAUCAGGAGCCAUCAAAGAGUGGAGGGACUGAAGGUCGCAAUUCACGGAACCAACAAACGACCUACAGAAUGAUGACACGUUUGGUGCGGGUGUGUAAGGGCGAUCGGGGUGGAUAUCCCUAUGUCAACGAUGGCGAAUUCGGCACCUUCGCGAAGGCAAACGUGGAAUGCGCUACGGGUGAAAGACCACCGUAUUCAAACAUAGAUGAAAACUACAGUGACCAAAGCAUUGAGGAAUUUUAUUUCGAGCGAGCUGUAGCUGCGGAAUGGGACCCGGUUGAAGGCAGAUUGGUCGUUAUAUUUUCCACCAAUAGCAGACAUGUUGAGGCGAGCGCUGUGUGCGUGUACUCCGAAUCGGACCUGGAUGCUUCCUUUGAUAGCGCGCUACUUUCUGUAGCAAUGGAUGGACAUUUCUCUGAGAAACACAAUCCGUUUCCCGAUACCUGCGGAUGCGACUUUUGUAGCGUAACGGAGCAGGAGGAAGUUCAUUUCCCUUAA